CCCAUUUCUGAAAAUUUUUUUCAGUUUCUUCCUUCUAAAAGGUCUCUUCUUGAAGAUGGGCACCGGGCGUAAGUCCUACACGUUAGCUGAGGUCUCUCAGCACAACCACCGCCACGAUUGCUGGAUCAUCAUUGGCGGCAAGGUUUAUGAUGUCACAAAAUUCUUGGAGGACCAUCCAGGUGGGGAUGAGGUCUUGUUGUCAGCCACAGGAAAAGAUGCAACUGAAGAUUUUGAGGAUGUUGGUCACAGUACCACAGCUGAAGCAAUGUUGGAUGAGUUCUAUGUAGGAGACAUCGAUUCAGCCAGCAUCCCGGCCGGGUUUAAGUACACACCUCCAAAACAGCCUCACUAUAAUCAGGACAAGACAGCAGAAUUCAUUAUCAGGAUGCUUCAGUUUCUAGUUCCCCUGAUGAUCUUGGGCGUGGCGGUCGGUGUUCGUUUCUACACACCAAUUCAACAUAACCACUGAAACUGCAAAAUUAUUUGGCAGGCAUUGUGAAAAAUCAUGUUAUUAGUGUUGAAAGAAUUCUGCUUGUUUUGUGCUUUGGAAAUUGAACUGCAAUUUUUAGGGAUGCUAGGAUGUGCGCCUUUCUCUGUUUCCAAUAACAUGUUCAUGUUUGCACUGUCACUGUACUUUUUGCAUUUAUAUAUCUCACCAUCUUUCUCAUCCCUAAUGCUGGAAAUUUCUUCUUUUAAAA